GUGGAAAAGAACCGGCCGUCGAUCGAACUUUCCGGCUGCUGUGUUUUGUUUGAAACCAAUAUCCGGGGCUUGCUACUCACAUUGAUUUGAGGCUUGAAACUUUGUGUGACGUUAGAAUUAGAUCAACAUCAUGGAUGAAGAAAUCAACAAAACCUUUGAAGCUUUCAAUACUCAUUUGGUCAAAGAGCAAGAUAAGAGAGAGGAGAUUCGAAAUGUUGUUCGUGAACUGGAGCAAACUGGAAGGGAGAUUAUGACUGUUCUAAAUGCUAUCCAUCAGGGUAGUGGAAUCAAAGAAGUUUCUCAGAUUUGCAAGAGAAGUAGGGAGCUGUUUCAGACUGUUAAAUCAAAAAUAGAACAACUGGCUGCUUUGUUCCCUGCAGAUGAAUAUUACAGGUUCCAUGAUCAUUGGAGAUAUUGUAUCCAAAGACUUGCCUUCUCAGCUUCUCUCAUUGUCUAUCUUGAAUCAGAGAGAUUAGCAACUAGAGAGGAAGUAGCAGAAUUUUUGGGAGUUACUGUCAAGAAAUCUGAUGGAUUCCACAUCGACUUAGAAGAUUUCCUUCAUGGCUUGCUAUCAUUAGGAAAUGAGUUGUCCAGACUGGCAGUGAACAGUGUCACAGCGGGAGACUACAGCAGACCCAUUCGCAUCGCGGCAUUCAUGGGAGAGUUGAAUUCUGGUUUCAGGCUUCUGAACUUGAAGAAUGACUCGCUUAGAAAGCGAUUCGAUGGACUCAAGUACGACAUCAAGAAGAUUGAGGAAGUGGUGUAUGAUAUCUCCAUCAGGGGUCUGAGACCCACAGCUCAAGAUGUGAAGGAACCGUCCAUGGAGGAGACACCAGCACAAGAAGAGAAAUGAACUUUGAUGGAGCUGCGUGAGGAAGAAGUGUUGGGAGAAGGGACCAAUGCAUGACCAUAAGCCCAUUGCAGAGAGAGUUCCAUUUAAAUGCAACCCAGAAAAUUAAUCUUAAAUCCAGAAUACACUCAUUUCAUUGGCUGAAGGCAUAGGCGCAUUCGAUUUUGGGGGUUUCCUUCAGUUGCAAUCAUUUCUGCAAUGGGCCCCUUGAAAUGGGAAAUUUCGUAUGGAUUUUAACUUUGCCAGAGUAUAAUUGCUUUUGAAAGGAGGGGCCGGAUAAGAACUUCAUUAGAGAAGAAAAGUUUUAGUUGAGAGUGGAGGGUAAACAAACCUCAUCCUUCUUGCCUGUUAUUGUUUACGUUUUCCAUUGUUAGGUGACUACAGUAACCGCUGAAUGUGUUUGUUGAUAAGCUUUUGUUUUUUGAUAUUGUAUUUAGGUACAUUAGCAAACUUUACGUCCACAGCUUUGCUGCAUGCGAGAAUUCAUGGAGACUUUCCCUGAUCCCCCAUCUUGUCUAUUGUAAAAUUUGAGGAUUAGAACUGACAAGAAGCUAUGCAGGAUUAUCGCCAAAAGCCACGGUUAAACUUGGCAUAGACUUUAAUACCUUAAUAAGACAUUCCAGACCAAACUUUUGUGUGACCCCAAUUAUGACAUUUUUUAUGCCUGUACUAAUGACCAAUAUGGAAUUGUGUCAAAAUAUUGAUUGGUAGAUGGAUUCUUUAGAGGGUUCCAACAAGCUGCUAUGUUGGAUGACAAGCAAUAUAAACCUGUGCAUUAAGCUGUGAUCAGUUAUUGUUUCAAGGGCCCAUCUUACAAAGGGUUACAAUUAAUCCGAUCAACCUUAACUCUGUGGAAAUCCAUCAAUGUCGAUUUUUUUCCAAAGGAAAUUUGUACAGUGUCCAUUAUAAACCUGGGGAAGCACACUAAUCUCUUUAUAAAACAGUUGAUGUAUGAAUAUACAGAAAAUAUUUUCAACAGACAUACAUUUUAGAUGUUGCUGGCCUCCCAUAGUUGUGGUUGAUCUGAUCAACUCUUUGUAAAACGGACCCUGGUCUUAUGCACUGGGUUCCCAUUGUUAUGUCCUCCAGCAUGGCUGCUUGUGAGGUCACAUAGGAACCCUCUAUAUGAAAAAAAAGGAUAAAGUUAGGAGUAUCAUAUCUUGACGGGGAGUAGCCCAAGAAUAGUGAAAUGGCUCAUUGGUAAAUGGGGGUCCUUACCAUAGUAAAUGAUAAUGUCAGUCUUCUUAUACAGCAAAACAUGUGUUGGUCAUUCGGUGUAUGAUAUCUGCUGUGUUGGGGAGAUUACCGAUGCAGAGUUUUUAGUUUCCCAAGAUGCUAUAUGUGCUUAUGAUAUCUGUCUUUAUUAGCAGCAGGGCAGAUGGCUACAAAUUGUUUAACAUAUUUCGCCAUGCCUCUGUAACUAAAAGCUACAAGGAUGAUGUUUUCAGGUAUUUUAUAUA